AAUAUAAAUGUUUUCACAUAUUCGUAUAGAAAUGUAGUUCUGAUUGAACUAUUAAGUAAUAAAACGCAUUUUUAGAACAUAAUUAUGAUAUAUUUAAGAUGGUACUAUAAAUAUUAUUAUAUAACUUUAUUAAGCAUUUUUCUCGUAUUGUGUUUAAAUGUUUAUUUAGUGUUGUUUUUUUCAAAAGAUGAACCACAUGUAGGAGCACCAGCUGUAAUAAAAUACAAUGCAACAUACUAUGCUACUCAAAAUAUCAUGAGUUCGUUAAAUAAACUUGAUAAAGAGUAUGAUAUACCAGUACCAACUUUUCAGUCAAAUGUUUUAAGAGAACUUAAUGUGCUCAUAAGUAAUUUAAAAUUAAAGAUUAAUGGUGAUAUUGAUUUAUUUGCUGCUACUAUUAAAGUAAUGAAUCAAAAUGGACUUAUGCCUCUUCAUGGUUCACCCUUUCUAGGAUCAACUAUAAACUUAUUAAAAACAUCAAAAAUAAUCAAAACAUAUAAUGCAUUUAAAGGAACCCAGCUUAAGUUAAUACUUAUGUUUGAAAACAAACAAGAAGUUCUAUUUAAACCAAAAUGGUACUUAGAGUCUGAAAUUAUUGAAGGCAAUGUAUAUGCUGGUAAAGAUCGUUAUAAUGGUGAAAUAAUAGCAUUUUAUAUAUCUCUUAUUUUUGGAUUUCCACGUGUUCCAAUUGUGGUGAAACGAAUCUUAGAUGCAUCAGAAUUGCACGAAACAGCAAAUAUUGGAUUAAAAAAAACAAUGUAUAUAAAUUCAACAACCAAGGAGACUUGUGUUUAUGGUAAAUGUUACUACUGUAAACGUGAAGAUCCAGUAUGUACAAAAAGUGAACGUUUAGAAGGAGCAGCAAUAUUUUAUUUACCAUCUAAUAUAAAGCUCAAACAACAUUUGCAUCCUUGGAGAAGGACAUAUAUUGAAAACAAAAGAGCCAGAUGGGAAGACGAUAAUGAUUACUGUGAUACUAUCAAAUCUAAUUAUAACUCUGAAAGAAUCUUAGAUUUUGUUGACGUAUCUAUUUUUGACUUUAUAAUCGGAAACGGAGAUCGACAUAGAUACGAAGUUGUGGAACAAUUUAAUAAUACUAUUCUUCUAAUAGAUAAUGGAAAAAGUUUUGGGAAUCCUUACAAAGAUCACAUUGACAUACUGGCUCCACUUUAUCAAUGUUGUAUAAUCCGUUUAAAGACAUGGGAACGACUUAAAUCAAUUAAAGGCGGAACGUUCACAAAUAUAUUACAAAGUAUGUUGGACAUACAUGAGACCUUAUCUCUUCUUACUCUACCGCAUUAUCACGCACUUGAGCGAAGACUAAAAAUAAUUUAUGCUACUGUUAUUAUGUGUCAAAAAAAAUCAGAUAAAUCAAUUCUCAAGUGAUCUUAAUAACAAUAGCAUGAUUAAUACUCAAUAUUAAAUUAAUUUUUUUACCGUAUUUUUAUUUAUUAUUGUCUAACUGUGAUUGGAUUUGAGUGCAUAGGUAGUGAAAUAUUGUACGUUCAAACCUUGGUUUAGAUUUACACAAUCAUUAUGAAAUUAUUUUAUAAUAUUUGUUGUUAAUGAUUUUGUAAGAUCUUUCAUAGAACGAUGAAUAUUGCAUAAUCUUUUGAAAACUGAUCAAUAUAAUAAUAAAUGUGAAUGUGUCAGUAAGUAAUGUAUUGGCAUUAUUCAUUUUGGAGAUAAAAAAAAUUUAUAGGUGCUUACUUAAAAUAAUGAAGUUAAUGAAAAAAAAAUUUAAUA